GCCCGGGCCCCGCCCGCCCUCCGACGGGGGUGCGGCUCCAGGAAACGGCGCGCUCGCCGCUCCGCUCUCCUGCCAGCCCGACGCGCCUCAGACCACCCCGCCGACUCAGCCAGACCACCGGGCGGCGGCGGGGACAGCAGCCCGGCGUCCGAGCCUCAAAUACUUCCGCACGGACGGGGCGGGCAAUGCGGAUAGGAGUCCCGGACACCAUGGGUACCCGGGCAGGGCCAGUGAUCGCAGGCCAGCGGGAAACCUGGGCCUGAGAAGUGGGCAGCAGGAGCGGAGGGGGCCAUGACCUCUGUGUGGAAACGUCUGCAGCGCGUGGGCAAGAGGGCCGCCAAGUUCCAGUUUGUGGCCUGUUACCACGAACUGGUGUUGGAGUGCACCAAAAAAUGGCAGCCGGAUAAGCUGGUGGUGGUGUGGACCCGGCGGAAUCGGCGCAUCUGCUCCAAGGCCCACAGCUGGCAGCCAGGUAUCCAGAACCCAUACCGGGGCACCGUAGUGUGGAUGGUGCCUGAGAACGUGGACAUCUCCGUGACCCUGUACAGGGACCCCCACGUGGACCAGUAUGAGGCCAAAGAGUGGACAUUUAUUAUUGAGAAUGAGUCCAAGGGGCAGCGGAAAGUGCUGGCCACAGCCGAGGUGGACCUGGCCCGUCAUGCAGGGCCUGUUCCAGCCCAGGCCCCGCUGCGGCUGCUGCUGAAGCCCAAGUCUGUGAAGGUGGUGCAGGCUGAGCUGAAGCUAACUCUCUCAGGGGUGCUACUGCGGGAGGGCCGUGCCACGGAUGAUGACAUGCAGAGCUUGGCCAGCCUCAUGAGCGUGAAGCCUAGUGAUGUGGGCAACUUGGACGACUUUGCUGAAAGUGACGAGGAUGAGGCUAAUGGCCCAGGGGCCCCUGAGGCCCGGGCUCGAGGCCCCCAGCCAGGCCUGGGCGGUGCCCUGAGGCUGGGGCGUUUCCCRGAUACCUCUCGGGAGCUGAAGACACUUUGUGAGGAGGAAGGUGAAGGCCAAGUACAACCCCAGCAGGCAGCUGCCAGUCCUUCUAGUGCUGAGGAUAUCAGCCCAGCCCCCGUGAGUGCCCCUGCACCUGCAACUGGGGCCUCCCGGGGCCAGGGGUCAGAACCAGCUUCUGCAGCUGGGGGCCAGGUGGGGCCUGAGGCCCCAAGGCCCCCGGGAACCCCACCAGAGUCAAGGUCCUCGAGGCAGCCAGGCCAGGACACGGCCCCUACCCCAGCCCCUCGGCUCCGGAAAGGCUCUGAAGCUCCCCGGCCCCCGGCCCCCAAAGGGGCUGAUGAGGUCCCCAGUGCUCCAGAGGUUCCCCAAACAGGAGUGGGUUCUUCUGGGGAAACCCAGACCUGGAUAAGCCCCCAGGAAGGGACAAAGGCCCAGGGAGCCAGGCCAGGCCCAGACAUUGAGGACCAAGGUCCCAGAGAUACCUUGGAGGUGCAGAGACCCAAAGUUGAAGAGGGGGACAAUGGGGAAAGACCAGAGGCUAGUGGGGUGGACACUGCACAAAGGGCAGGAGGCACAGCUGGGGAGGCUGAAGAGAGGUCAGAAUUCAGUAGAAAGGAUGCUGAGCAGAGAUCAAAGGUGAGUCUUCUAGCCAAUAAGGGACCAGAGGCAACAGGGCUGAUGCCUGAGGCAUGUUUUAGGGUAACUCCUGAGGCUCCUCCAAGGGGCUCUCARGGGAAGAUGGGGUUCAGAGCCCAGGAAGAGAUGACUGCAGUCCUGAAGCCACCUCUAGUAGAGCUUGUAGAGYACUCUGGACAUCUCAGUGACCUCGGGGGGGCCAGGACUGCUGUAGGCCAGGAGAGAGAGGGUGCAGAGGUGAGGGGCAGAGCCCCUGGUAUUGGGAGGACAGCCCUGGAGCAGGGCCCCUCUGCCGGAGCAGCAAGCACCAGGCCCCAGGUGAGCAGGUUUCAGGGGGCCCCAUCAUCAGCUGACCAGGGGGCAAUAUCUAGGGAUCUGAAGGUCUGGGAGGAAGAAUCUGACCAGUCAAGGGUCCUGGGAACAGAGGGUGGGCUAGCAGAGUGGGAGGAAUUGAAGACUCAGAAGACAGGCACAAGCAGGUCAGUGUUCCCAGUGAAGGAAACUUGGAGAGCGGAAGCUGAGGUAUUGGAGGCCCAGGCAACAGAGGCAGGAAGAUCAGGGGUCCUGGAGGUAGAGGCUGCUGGGACAGCCGAGUUGGAGGUAUCAAGRACUCAGGAGAUACCUGAAUGUUCUGGGUUGCUGAGGAUAGAAGCUGAGAUAGCAGAAUCUGAGAUAUUAGGGAUCCUGGAGAUGGGGAGAGGAAGUUCUAAGAUAUCAGAGACAGAGGCUGGGGAGGCAGAAGCUAAAAUAUUGGAGACCCAGGAAAUAGCAACUGACAGUUCAGAGGUUCCAAGAAUAGCAGUUGAGGUGGCCGAAUCUGAGAUAUUAGGAGCCCAGGAUACAAAGUUGGRGGUUUUGGGGAUACCAGGGGUAGAGACUAGGAUAGCAGAAGCUGAGAUGUCAGGGAUCCAAGAGGUAGCACCUAGGGGUUCAAGGGCCCCAAGGAUACAACCUGAGAUUGCAGGGGGUUCCCAGGAGACAGAGGUAGGAGAUUUAGAGGUUUCAGUGAUAGAAACUGAGGCAGCACAUGCUGAGAUAUUGGGGGCCCAGGAGACAGAGGUAGGAGGUUCAGGGGUUCUAAGGAUUGAUACUGGGACAGCAGAAGCUGAGAUGUUAGGGAUCCAGGAGAUAGUAGCUGGGGGUUCAGGGGUCCCAGGGUUAGAAGCUGAGAUAGCCAGGGCCCAGGAGACAGAGGUGGAGCACUCUGGGGUCUCAGGGCCUGUGGCUGAAGUGGCAGAGGCUGAGAUGCAGAGUAUGGAAACUACAGUUCCAGAGCCUGGGGAGGUACAGACUGAGAAUUUGGGGGUCCAGGAGGCAGAUACUAGGGUCUGGGGAGCUCUCAAAAAUGAGGAUUUAAGGGCUCCAGGUACUAAGCAAAGAGUUUUAAGGUACCAGGAAGUAGGGGUAGAGGUUUUAGUGGGAGAGAAAGAGACUAAAGUUUUGAGGGCCCAAGGGGCAGAGCCUCAUGUUUGGGGGUUGUCAGAGGUCAAAUCUGAGGUUUGGGGAGCCCAGAAAGCAGACAUGGUCAGUUUAGAGCCCCCAGAGAACAAAUCUGUUAUUUUUGAGGCCCAGGAAGCAGAGGCUGGGGUCUUGGGAACCAAGAAAGGGCAAGAAGCUGAGGGAAGCCUCCCAAAGGCCAGUCUGAUUUCAAUGCAGGUGGCCAGUGGGGCGGGGGCUGGGGUGCCCAGGCCCUCGGGGGCCUCUUCCCCAGGGGAGCCUGAAGAGGACAGGAGGCUGCCGGGCAGCCAGGCACCACCUACCCUGGUCAGCUCCAGCCAGUCCCUGCUGGAGUGGUGCCAAGAGGUCACCACCGGCUACCGUGGUGUCCGCAUCACCAAUUUCACCACAUCCUGGCGCAACGGCUUGGCCUUCUGUGCCAUUCUGCACCGAUUCUACCCAGACAAGAUUGACUAUGCCUCCCUUGACCCUCUCAACAUCAAACAGAACAACAAGCAGGCCUUCGAUGGCUUCGCGGCCCUGGGCGUGUCGCGGCUGCUGGAGCCCGCUGACAUGGUGCUGCUGUCUGUGCCCGACAAGCUCAUCGUCAUGACAUACCUGUGUCAGAUCCGUGCCUUCUGCACCGGGCAGGAGCUGCAGCUGGUGCAGUUGGAGGGCGGUGGUGGUGCCGGCACAUACCGCGUGGGCAGCGCCCAGGCGAGUCCUCCCGACGAUCUGGAUGCCAGCGGCCUGGCGCAGCGGUUGCGCGAGCACGGGGCUGAGGCUUCCAAGGAGCCCAAGGAGGCCACUGGCCGCGAGAACCGAGCGGCCACCAAGGGCGUGGACGCGGUCUGCACGUCCAAGGACGGAGAGACCGAGGCCACAGGGGAAGCGCGCCCGGCAGGGACCCCCGGGGAGGGCUCCGGAGCCCGGUCGCCCCCGUCCCCAGUGCCCCUAGCGGAGGGGCUGGUGAAUGGGGCGGGGGGCCCGAGUGGCCCGAGUGGUGCGGGCGGUGUGAGACUGCGGCGGUCUUCCCUCAAUACCGAGGCCGGGCCCGUGCCGCCGCCGAGAGCGCAUGGCUCCUUCUCCCACGUACGCGACGCGGACCUGCUGAAGAAGAGGCGCUCUCGGCUGCGGAACAGCAACUCCUUCUCGGUGGACGACCCGGACUCGGGAGCCGCGGGAGCUUCGGCAGCCGUCKCUGCGGAAAGCCCAAGCCCUGACCCCAGCCCUACCCCUGGCCCACCCACAGCCACUGCCCUGCAGCAGCUCCCUGGUGGCAGUACCCCAUUGGAGGAGUUACCCCCAAGUCCAGGGGAGGAGGCUGGACUGCAACGCUUCCAGGACACCAGUCAGUAUGUGUGUGCAGAGCUGCAGGCCCUGGAACAGGAGCAGAGGCAGAUAGAUGGGCGGGCUGCUGAGGUGGAGAAGCAGCUGAGGAGCCUCAUGGAGUCAGGUGCCAACAGGCUGCAGGAGGAGAUGCUGAUCCAGGAGUGGUUCACCCUGGUCAACAAGAAGAAUGCUCUCAUCCGAAGGCAGGAUCAGCUGCAGCUGCUCAUCGAGGAGCAGGACUUGGAGCGGAGGUUUGAGCUGCUGAGCCGGGAGCUGCGGGCCAUGCUGGCCAUCGAAGACUGGCAGAAAACCGAGGCGCAGCAGCACCGGGAGCAGCUCCUGCUGGAGGAGCUGGUAUCGCUGGUGAACCAGCGGGACGAGCUGGUCCGGGACCUGGAUCACAAGGAGCGGAUCGCCCUGGAGGAGGACGAGCGUCUGGCUCGCGGCCUGGAGCAGCGGCGCCGCAAGCUGAGCCGGCAGCUGAGCCGGCGCGAACGCUGCGCACUCAGCUGAGCCGCCAGGGCUGGCAGGCCUCCCGGCCUCCCCAGCCUCGGAGUCUUCCUGCCUCCCGGCCCGCAGCUUUGCUCGCCUCCCGCGGCCUGUGCUGGGGAGAACCCGGCCCUCGGGAUGAGGCAUGUGGCCUCCGGGCUGUUGGCGCCACUGCAUCGGACCGGCCGGCUGGACUCCCUGGCAGACCGACAGAGCUGCUGGGCUGUGGCGCCGGCCAGGACGUUAUUUAUUUGUCGGUAUGAGUGUGUGUGCGCGUGUUCAUGGGGUUCCAGGGGCGCCUCACAGAGAUCUGCCCAAUUGCAGGGCCCCCAGGAGGCCUCUGAGGAAGAGGGAGAGGGAGAGGGAUGGCGGGGGACUGUCAACCGCACCCUCCUCCUGUUUCUCUCUUGACUAAUAAAGUUGGACAAGGACAAGGACA